CCCUAGAAAUUGUAAAUUAUUUUUAUUUAUUAUAUUUCGAAUAAAAUUGAAUAUUAAAAAAUUUUUUAAAAGAUUGUUAUAUCUUAUCGAUUUUUUUAUUUAUUAAAAAAAUAAUUAAAAUAUUUGAAAAUUAAUAAAUAACUAUAAUUGAUUUAAUAAUAAAUAAUGUUUUUAUAUAUCAAAAUAUUAUUAAACGUAAAAAUCUAAUAAUUAGAUUAUUAUAUAAUUUUAUUAUAAAAAAUUUAUAUAAAUACAUAUAUAAAUACAUAAUACUAUUUUAUAUUUAUUAUAGUCUUUUAAAUAUAUUAUUAUUUUCGCGCCUAACGCGAAAUAUUUAAUGAGAUUUUCUUCAACGAUAUUUUAGUAGACCUUAUCAUAAAAGUACGAGUUUCAUUUUCUUACUUUUUUUAUAAAAUAUGGAAAUUGAAAAAAGUACAAAUAACAUUGAAACAAUAAAAAUUGAUACACAAUGUAUGCAAAUUUGUGAAUACGAAACUUGUAAUAUGGAUACAAAGUUCCCGGAAUUACAUCUAAAUUUGAGUAAACGUCAACUGAAAAAAGUAAAAAAAAAAGAAAAAUGGUUGAAACGAAAGGUUGAACUAAGGUUUUUAUUUCUCAGUUCUUUAAUAAAUUAAAGAACUAUACAUAUGAUUCUAUAUGUGUACAAUAUAUUCCAUUAUUUUAUUAUGAUUAGAUUACGUGAACGAGAGAAAGCAAAACAAAAACGAGCAUUUGCUCGUGCAAAUAAUAUAAAUCUUGGACCAUCCAGAAAAGCUUUAAAAAAAAGUAUAAUGGCAGAUAGUAGUUGUAAAAUUGGAAUAACUAUUGAUUUAUCUUUUGAUGAUUUAAUGAUUGAUAAAGAUAUUGCAAAAUUAACUAAACAAAUACUAAGAUGUUAUACUUUAAAUAGACGAGCUAUUGCACCAAUGCAAUUUUCUCUUACAAGUUUUAAUGGAAAAUCAAAAACAGAUAUGCAAAAACACAAUGGAUAUGAACAUUGGGAUGUAAAAUUUUAUGCAGAAUCCUAUCUAAAUGUUUAUCCAAAAGAAAAAAUUAUAUAUCUUACUAGUGAAUCAGAAAAUAUUAUUACUCAAUUAGAACAUGAUUAUGUGUAUGUUAUAGGUGGUCUUGUUGAUCAUAAUAGUCAUAAGGGUCUCUGUCAUAAAUUAGCUGCACAAGUUGGCAUAAAACAUGGUAGAUUACCUUUAGAUAAAUUUUUGCGUAUGAAGGCAAGAAAAGUUUUAACUAUUGAUCAUGUGUUUGAAAUAUUGCUUAGAGUCAGUGAAGGAAAAACAUGGCAAGAAACAUUUUUACAAGUUUUACCAGAGAGGAAAAAUGUACAAUUAAUUGUACCAUCAGGAGAUAAUAAAGAUAUAUUAGAUAUAUAUAAUAAUAAAAAAAAUUUUUUCUACACAAAUAAUAAAAUUGAAUCAAAAGUUAAAAUCAAUGAAUUUGAAAACAUAAAUGAUGUAUGUACAUAACAAGUAUAUAUUGUAGAUAGUAAUUUUGCAUUUUAUGUUUUAUAUUUUUACUAACUUUAUUUUGUUAUAUGUAUUUCAUAAAAAGUAUAUAUGUGUAUGUCUACUAAUAUACACAUGUAAAUUAUUGUAAACAAAAAAAUACAGAUGUGAAUUCUAUUUCUAAAAAAUUAAAUAUUAAGUACAUUAAUUUUAUAUAUGGGAUAUUAAAUGGAAUGAUAUAUAUAAAAUAUCAAUACAAAUAAUUAUAUAAGUUAAAGAUGUCUGUUUUUAUUUAAGAUGAUCUAAUAAAUUUACUUUAAAUAUAAUCUCCUAUGCAAAAUAAAAAUAUAAAACAACAAAUUUACACUUUAAAAAAAUAUAUCAAUUUUUCUCAAAUUUUGCAAGAAAAUUUCAAAAAUAUUUUCUAUAUUUGUAUAUAAUUUAUAUACAUAUAUCAUUUACACUAAUUAUUAUUUUAAAAUGAAGUGAAGUUAUAAGAAUAAAUUAAAUUUACAUAAAAUUAAACAUAUAAUUACCUCAAGUAUUUUAUAAUUUUAUAUUUUAUGUAAUAAAGUUAUAUAAUAAAGUUAUGACUAGAAAAUAAUUCAAAUAUUUAGAAAUUGACAAUGUUUUUAACAAACAUUAUUCCUGAAAAUUAAUAUAUAGCAAUAGAUAAUGAUUUAAAUAAUAAUUUAAUCAUUUACUUGAUAAUUUUUGAUAUUCAUUAUUUGUACACAUUUUCGUAUUUAUUAUACUUUAUUAACUAAUAAAAAAUAUUACUUAUGAGAUAUAAUUAUAUAAUUAUUAUUAUUAGAUAUAAUUAUUACGAGAUAUAAUUAAAUACUUUUUGCAAAAUUUGGGUAAAAUUAAUUUUACUAAUUUUAAUAAUAUGCGAUUUGAAAUUUAAAAUUAAAAUUUUUUAUAUAUAUAUACUAUCAAUAAAAUUAUAUAAAUGUUUUAAUCAUAAUUUUAUAAGCAAAAAAUAAAUAAUUAUUUUUUGAGAUAAUAUGUACCAUUUUAUAAUUUGAUUUAAAAUUUGUUAUACAAAAAUUUUGUUUUAAAAAAUUAUUUCUUUUUUGUAGAUAUUAUAACUAAUUUUUUUAGUUCGAGUUUUAAACAUAUAUAAUUUAUUUAAAUAGAAAAUAAAUACUUAAAUAUUUAUGCAAUAUUAUUGAAAUUUAAUUUUCGAUAAAUUAGAUUAUUUUUACGUGUAAUUUUUGCAAUAUCAAAAUUGGAGCAAAUAUUUAUUAUAAUAAUAUUUAUUUAUCUUUUAUCUUUUAUACUAUAUGAAUAUUAUAAUUUCUUAUUUAGAUUAAUUUAUAGGUAAUUCUUUGUUUGUGAUACAUAUAUACAAAAUCAUUUUUGAUCACAAAGAUCAAAGUGACAUUUAAAUUGACAAUUGUUAUUUUUUGUUUAAUUUUAUCUUUUUCUUUCAAAUUUUUUUAAUCUUUUAUAUACAUUAAGAAUCGUUCAUAUAUAGUCAAAAAUAAAAAUAAGAGAUAAUUCUUUGUUGCACAAAAUAUAUACAAUUUUAUGAAUAUUUUUUAGCAUAUAUAAAUGUAAUUACUAAGAAACUAUUAUUUGCAUUAUAUAAGAAAAGUGUUUAAUUUUCAUUAAUUUUCAUUGUUAAAUUUUUAAAAGAAAUUUAUAUUCUUUUUGUAAAUGAUUUUUUUUUAAAUAGAAAUAGAAGUUUAUAUUUUUUAUAGAAAUAUUCGUAAAGAAGCAAAAAUAUCUAAAAUUAAAACAAAAUAAUUAUUUUACUUAGAUUAUUAUCCAAUUAAAAUGUAUUUGAAAUCAUUUCUUCAUUUAAUUCUAUUCUGCAUAAUAAUAACUUCAUAGUUUAUAUAUUGGUUAUUUUCAUGCAAUGUUGUCAACAUCUUGACCAUCAAUUAUUUCAAAUUCGCUACCACUUUCAUCACUAUGACUAAUUAGUUUGCUUGAUAUAGGUUCAAGUUCUGCUUCUUCCUCAGAAGAUGAUCCUUUUUCAAAAUGGCCACUUUGAAAUUUAAUACCAUCCAUAUCAGUUUCUUCAGCACUAAGCUCUAAUUCAGAAUUUUCUAUAUCAUCAGUACUCCCAUCUUC